AUAACACUGUUUGUGGAGCACCACAGCCUGGGAGAUGCGAUAAGAGCAAUGGCGACCGACUGGGCUAACUUCAAUACAAAUCCAAUGAAAUCCGGGAUGAUUGUUGUACAUCCAAUCUCCGAAUCAAGUGCAAUAUCUUCGUCAGAUACUCAAGACCCGCAGGAUGUGACAGCAGACGACUCAACCGCAGUGAAUGAUGAAGACGACGAAGAUGCAUUCAUAUCUGUUGAUAGUCCCGUCGAUGCCUCAGAGAUGCUGUUUCUGUACAACCCCACGCCAGGAGGUUUAUCUGGGGUAGAAAGUGAUGCCAGUUCACUGCCACCACAACAAACAAAAAAGAAGAAAACUACACCUCAAUCUGGUACCAGAAAGAGUGAACGUAGUCGUCGCCAGAAGAGAUCCUAUUCUCCUGCUCCUGGAGGUUCAAAUAGCAAGGGAACUGGCAAACGGAAAAAGAAGAGUGGUGGCAGAAAACAAGAUACUCCCAGAAAGGUUAUACAAGUUAGGGCCUAUGAUAAAGCUCCUGAUGGUAAGCCAUUUAGCUGUGAUAUUUGCAAGUCUCCAUAUGUGUGCAAUCCUAUGAACAGUAAGAACAGAGGAGGACUACCUUCAAAACACCAGCCUAUGCCCAGGCACAAGAUAGAUCCUGCUACUGGAAAUACACUGACACUGUGCAAUGCCUGCGGAUUGGCGUUUGAACGCCCAAGAAGGCCACGCCCAUCCAAAGAAAAGCUUCAGGUGCCCCAGGAAACGAAGGAGAAAUACCUGGAUGAGGCAAAAACGUUUGCUUUGUCUUUAGUAGAAGGUCUUAAUGACCCAGAUGCUGAGAAGCUCUUCUGUCCAAGUUUCAAAAACAAGCCAUGUGGGUGCAUGCAGCGUUAUAUAAUGGGGACUGGAGACAACAUGGAGGAAUCCAGGAAGAGAGCAAGCAUUCUGCUCCAGGUGUUAAAAGACGCCAAGCGCCUCAGCCAGGAGAAGUGCUACGAUCCUGUGGAGAUAACUAUGACUAGUACUGGGAAACUGAAAAGAUCUUCAAAAGUAGGCUUGGGCAAUGGUCACAAGCGAUCAAAAAACUUUGAAGAAUUUGUGCUUUCCAACCGGAGGUUUCUGAAGGAGGAGCUCAAGUUCUGUGAGAGAGCCACCCAGAGGGUGUUGAUAUACUCCAAUAACUUCUUACACAAAAGACUGAAAACUGAUGAGACUGGUAAUCGACUUGAAAAGAAUAAUUUGAAGACCAACACUCAGUUGCCCCUCAUCAACAUAAGUGACUUGCCAAAGGAAAGGUGCUGCAUGUUUAGUUGUGUCUCAAUUGCCUUGACCCACCCCAAGUUACUGGAACAGUGGCGAGAACGGGCGCAGUCGGGACAGAUGGAGGCUCGCAGGGUGAUAGCUGAGAUGCUUACCCCUUCUGGUGGGUAUCGUACCAACUGCUAUAAGUUCAUCCAACUAGUAACUGGCUGUAGCAAUGGCACGAUGAACAAGGUCAAUGAACAGAUGAAACAGACUGGAGGGGACAGAGAUCCACCUGAACAUGGCCUGAAGAAGUACUGGAAGAAUCACCCCAAGAAGAAAAAACAAGUUGCAAAAAUCAAUGAAAGUGGUCCAGCCCAGCAGCCAGAGCGCCCUCUACAGGUGGUGAACCUGUUUGCCUCAGGAUCAGGAUCCAAUGAGAACCCAGCACAGUCCAUACUGCACCAGUUUGGAGGGGAGAACUCCCUGGUCACUGUGCUCUCACAGGAGGAUGAACAGGUCACUAAUGCUAUACAGUUGGAAAGUCAGAGACAGCAGCUCCUUCAGCUGAAGAAGCAGAUUCACCAGCAGCAGUUACAGCUCCAGCAGCAGCAAAAUGUGCUGAAUCAGCAGUUGUUACAGCAGCAGGUGAUACAGCAGCCUACAGAGGGUAACCCACAGAAUAUCAGUGCACAGACAAUCCUGCUCAACUUAGGCCAGGGCAGCUCAGAGCCAGUCACUACCAACUCGGCACAAACUCUCCUGACAGACCAGAGAGAAGGCAGGCAGAGCAGGGUCAGUGCCAGUGCUAGCUAUGCUGCACCAGUCUCACCUAACACAAUAUCACAGCAGGCUCAACAACUGCAAUCAUCUCAACUGAUGCAGGGGCAGACCCACAGCCAGAUAGGUGGUUCCAUUGCUAGUAACCAGACUGUGGUCACCCUGCCAGACUAUCUCUCUGCAGUGGGGGCCAAUGUCAGCAUCAGUUCCUUCCUGCAGGGGUCCAGUCUGCCAUCAGAGACAGAGUCUCAGUCCUCUCAGGAACCCCAGGAGCACCUGAUAGAAACUCAGAACAUCGGAGGUGUGAAUUACACCACUCUUUACAUACAACCCUCACAGUCUGGGAUAAUACAGCAGUUGUUAACACAGGGAGUGGAGGCCAGUACGUCAGGGGAGUCUGCCAACGAGGAGGAGGAGGGGGCUCUACUACAGCAGCAGUCCGGGGAGAAUAUCACUAUCCACCAUGAUGAGAACGGGGAAGAUACCGUGGAGCCACAGACUGUUCAGCUGUCUUCUGAUAUUGUACAGCUGCUUGCACAGCAAGGAAUACAUGUUGGGACUCUGCCUAAAACGUGAAGUAGUAGAAUUAGGACAAAAAUGUUCUGGUAGAAUAAAUAAAACUCUGUUACAGAAGCUGUCGAGGUGAUGAAAAGAUAAAACGUAUCCGCAAUGCUUACUUAAUUCUCAUUCUCUUAUUUUCUGUAAAUUAAGUGAUAGUCAGAAGGUGAAAUCAAAACUAACUAGUCAAGUUGUCUAGUUCAUUGCUCUGAAGUCGAUCAAAUCAACAAGGCUUUGCUCUUCAUCACUUGGGGGGGGGGGUAUUGUCCUCAGUUUGUCAUUUUUAACAACAGCAAGACAGAUUCUACUGCUGUCUAUCAGUCACUUCUUUUCGUCUGUUUGAAAGGUAGUAGCCAAAAUGACAAAAUGAAAGUCCUUUGUCUUUAAUUGU